GGCGCCGGGAGCGACACGAUCGGCACCGGGAACGACACCGGGAGCGACACCGGGAGCGGCACCGGGAGCGACAGGAUCGGCACCGGGAGCGGCACCGGGAUCGGCACCGGGAGCGACAGGAUCGGCACCGGGAACGACACCGGGAGCGACACCGGGAGCGGCACCGGGAGCGACAGGAUCGGCACCGGGAACGACACCGGGAGCGACACCGGGAGCGGCACCGGGAGCGGCACCGGGAGCGACACCGGGAUCGGCACUGGGAGUGACACCGGGAUCGGCACCGGGAGCGACAGGAUCGGCACCGGGAGUGGCACCGGGAGAGGCACCGGGAUCGGCACCGGGAGCGGCACCGGGAGAGGCACCUGGAACGACACCGGGAUCGGCCCCACGAUGGGCGGGUGGCGGGACAUGUCCGCGGAGGCGCUGGAGGACCAUUACUCCCCCAGUCGCUGGUCCCCCCGCCUGGACCGGGACACCAUCAUCGACGCCCACCUGGCGGUGACGGCGGCAGGAACCGAACGGGCCCGGGCCAGCGCGCAGACCUUGCUGCACGUGCCCUAUGGCACCGGGGACGGGGAGAAGCUGGACAUCUAUUUUCCCACGGAGCCUUCUGAAACCUUCCCGGUUCUGGUCUACAUCCACGGCGGAUACUGGCAGUGCUUGAGUAAGGACGAUUCGGGGUUUGCAGCCCCCCCGCUGGUGUCGCAGGGGGUGGCAGUGGUGGCGGUGGGGUACGACAUAGCCCCUAAAGGCCACAUGGACACCAUGGUGCUGCAGGUGCGCCGCAGCCUCGCCUUCCUGGCGGAGCGGUACCCCAGGAGCAGAGGCAUUUACCUGUGCGGACACUCGGCAGGGGCCCACCUGGCAGCCAUGGUGCUGUCCACAGACUGGACGGAAUUCCAAGCGGUGCCAGAUAUCAAAGGAGCGGUGCUGGUGAGCGGCCUGUAUGACCUGGAGCCCAUCCUGCACACCUACGUGAACGAUGCUCUGAACAUGAGCCGGGAGGUGGCCCAGAGGAACAGCCCCAUGAGACUUGUCACCCCGGCAGCGCCAGCAGCCUGUGAGGUGCUCGUGGCUGUGGCCCAGCAUGACUCCCCGGAGUUUCGCAGGCAGUCACAGGAGUACAGCCAGGCCCUGCGUGCAGCCGGCUGGUCUGUCUCUCUGCUGGAUCUGGCUGCUGUGGAUCACUUUGACAUCAUUGAGAGACUGUCAGAGGACAGCUAUGUCCUCACUCAGGUAGGCAGGAGGGCUGUGCCAAGGCAGAUCAGGUGGGCUGCCACCUCCCUGCGGGGAGGGUCAGGGGCUUUUCCCAGGCUUUGGUUCCUCAUCCCAGGUGAUUCUGAACAUGAUUUCAAGAGCAUGAUGGCACCUCAGGAGUAAACAGAUGGAGAGGGUGGCCCUGUGUGGUGGCGAGGGGCAUCUGGUGUCCCUGUGCCUGCUGCCUCCUCGGUCUAACACAGGGCCACCACUGCCUCUGACCUGCACUCUGCCCUCUCUGCUCAGCCCAGCCUAGGCUGGUGCCCCUUCCCUGCGGUGCUCCUGCCCGCUGGAGUGCAGGGGACUGAGGGCUGCAAGAUUCUGUCUGGGCAGCUGGAUCAUGAAGUUUGUUCCCUCAGUGUCCUUUAAACUGCACAUUGGCAAUACAAAAUAAAAUGGGAAUUACUGCUGCCUGGGGUGGUGCUUCCCAGGGAGUCAGUGAGUGCA